UUCACACCACCUAAAAACCUUGUUACGUUACGCUUUCCCAGUGGUGAAUAAAACAACCGACUCAGGCAGAUCUGUCAAAUCAUAUUUUUCACGUUUGUCUUUCUGGUUUGAGUUUUUACGACAAGAUCACAGCCUGAAAAUGUUCGCGCGCGUUGCUACCGUUUCUCGCUCCGGAAUGGCUAACAUUGUCCGCUAUGGUCACUCCCAUGGUGGAAUUCCCGGUGAGAAUAUUCCAUUCAGCAUUAACAACCGAUUCAAGCUGACGGCAAUGUUUAUUGCGUUCUUCGGUUCCGGUUUGGGGGCACCUUUCUUCGUCCUGCGGCACCAGCUGUUGAAGCAGUAAAUCCUCUUGCUGCUGUAGAGAGGGUCAAGUUCGUCUAGUGAAAGGUGUAAACCAUGAUACCAUUAAGUAAAAAGUAUGCUUUGUGCUAAACACUAAUUUAAAGCAAUGAAAUAAAGCAAAAUCGGGAAAAUUUUUGGCUAUA